CACUCUGGAGUCAUUCAUAGCAACUUCUAGUCAGAAAAAUGACAUCCAUUAGAUUUGUCCUACUACUAACAGCUUUAAUAUUAGCUCUAAAUGUGAUAUUGGUGUGCGGAUAUGGUUUUGUUAUCGGAAAAUUGGGUCGAGAUGAUCGCAAGAUUGGCACGAAUGUUGUGAAUCGUAAGGUCACGAUACGCUGUAGAAAUGAAAUAAUACGUUUUCCUGCAAAGGGUCAACGCAAUAAUCGUCGCCUCAGUGCAAUUCGUGUUACAGACAAUGGGCCUUUCCAGCAUGGCUCCAAAAUAUAUUUGGUGAAGGGAGGUCCAGGUUAUACAUAUUCCGAAAUUAAUGUAAAACCUAUUAACGGAACAGCUUCUCGCGUGACUUUAGAAUAUUUUGCAAAGCGUUAGAUUUUAUUAAGAGCAUUCUGUUAAAUUGAAUAAAAAUCUAUCUUCAAAAUGGA